AUGCUCAAGUCAAAACACGGCAAUGCUAAGUACACAGUUGCAGAUAUAGAGAGGCAAGCAGGCCUCGAGCCCACACCACAAAACAGACAAGAGAGGCAGGGACCUGAAAGGCAGGGACCUGAAAGGCAGGGACCUGCUACACCACACCCAGAGGACAAUGCUGUACCAGAACAACUUAUACUUGAUACAGAUGGCGACCAGGACUUCGAGAUGUCUGAUGUGGUAAGUGAAGUUCAAAUAGAGUCCAUUUCUAACUACUUGGCCGAACAAAGAAUGGCUGUUGACCCCAUAUCACCGCAGAGCUACACUAUUCCACAGUCGAUGCUCAGCGAACAGGAUGUUUCUACCGACAAGACCGUGUUUGUAGUGGACACCAAUUUCCUGAUAUCCCAUCUGAAUACAUUAGAAGAGCUGAGGAAGCUUGCUGGCCAGUUCAAUCACAUUAUAGUAGCGCCUAUCACCACCGUGAGAGAACUGGAUGGUCUGAAACUGGCGUCUGACAAGAGUAUUGCCAAGCUUGCAAGACACGCUAACGAAUGGCUGUUUAAGAAUUUGGGUGAUAGAUCAUCUGGGCUGGUAGGCCAAAGAUUAAAGGAGCGUAUUAACCCAAGUGCCUCGAAAGAUGACGCUAUCUUAGACUGCUGCCUUUAUCUACAACAGAAGCUUAAUCACAAACUUGUAAUCCUUUUAUCGAAUGACAAAAACUUGUGUGCGAAAGCACUAAGCGAAGGUAUGUUGACAGUAUCAUACAGACCAGGUAUGACAGCACAAUUGAUCUCUCAAAUGGCUUACUCAGAAAGCAUCUCCCUUGGAAAUGCUACCCCGUCCCCUCAAUUCUCUAAAUUGGACUUUCAUGAAGUGGCUAAUAAGAUAUUUAAUGAUAUACAGGCAAUGGUGAUUACAAUCGUAGACCACAUUAUGAAUAAAUCAUAUGGCGAAGAUAUAAUAGCAAUAAAUUAUGACCCUAAGAACAUGAAAGACUUGAAUGACGUUGCAAGAGUAAUAUCAAAAUUCUGGUUGUCCGUAUUUUCCGAUUAUUUUGAUAGAAACUCAAUGAGAAAAGAGGAUUGGAAAGAAUUGCCAAGUCAAAUGGUAACAGUACCUAACAGUAGCUCAGAUUUGAACACUUUUCUUGGUUUUUGGGAAGGAAUUCUUUUAAAGCUGAACAGAGAUCUUGGUGAAAAUGACCAACAUGUUGUGCAAGCUGCAAUAGCUGAAUGGAAACAAUAUAUAGACUUGGUCUAG